GUUGGAAAAACAAAUAAUCAACCAAAGCGUCAAAGUCAAAGCAUAUCAAUUAUUCUAUUAUUAUAAACCCUAAGAAAAACCAAACGUACACCAAAGAGUACGUACUAGUCCACUAUAAAAACUCAAAACCAACUCUUUACCUCUCCACAAAUAUUAUCUAAACCAAAACAUUUCAAAAGAAAUGGCAAAACAAAUAUUCUACACUCUCUUUCUAUUCCUCUUAUCCACGGCUAUUCUCACGGCGUCGUCCUCCGCCCCCAGAGCCGCAAUAACUUCAAAACGUGCUAUAAACUUCAUACAAGCCUCUUGCAAAGCCACAACAUACCCAACCGUAUGCGUCAACUCUCUCACCGGUUACGCCAACUCCAUCCAAACAAGCCCUCGACGUCUAGCCGAGACCGCACUCAAUGUGACCGUGACUCAGGCCCAGUCCACCAAGGUCUUCGUCUGGCGCUUGGGGCGUUUCACUAGUCUCAAGAAACGAGAGAUUCAAGCCGUUAAGGACUGCAUCGAGGAGAUCCAUGAUGCCGUUGACCGUUUGACCAUGUCGAUCCAUGAAGUGAAGAUGUGUGGUAGUGCUAAAGGUCGUGACCAGUUUUGGUUCCACAUGAGCAAUGCUCAAACGUGGACCAGCGCUGCUUUGACUAAUGCAAACACUUGCUCCGAUGGGUUUGCGGGUCGGGUCAUGGAUGGGCGGGUAAAGAACUCAGUAAGGGCACGGAUCUUGAAUUUGGGAAGAGGAACUAGUAACGCUUUAGCCUUGAUCAAUGCUUUCGCUAAAAAAUACUAAAUAAUGUAAUACAUUUUCUUUUUGUUCUUAAUUCUGUAAUUUGAGCUACGAAUGUGUGGAUCAGCUCGAGGGAAAUUUUAUUUCUUAAAAUGUUUCAUGCAUAAUCCGAUGUAAUUCUGGAUAAAUUUUGAUUAAAAAUGAAUGUACAAGUAUAACAUUGUUAAGUUAAUACGCGUUUUUCUUUUUUUGCGACCAG